CCUCAUCAGCACCUGCUUUGGCUGGAUAUUGCAAACAUUUACAACAUGGUGUGUUUGUUGAGAGUGUGCGUUCUCCUCUUCGUGGUGGUCUACUGCAGUGCCGAGUGCUACAUUCAGAAACCUCAAGUUGAUUUGUUAUCCCCCGAAGACAUAAUAAACCAUCUGCAAGGUUGUGUCGACUCAGAGGGAGCAGCUCAUGACUUCAACUCUGAGUGGCAGAAUGACUGUUACAACUGUCUCUGUACACAGUUUGGCAUUCGAUGCUGUAACAAGAUCCCAAAAGCAAUAGAACACCCUGAUGAAUGCGAGAUGGUUGUUGACAAAACAACCUGCUCUUUCACCCUAGUACUUGUUUCAGACCACAGCAAACUAUGCGAACUUGCCUAACACAACUGGAAGCAAUCGCAC